AUGGUGGACGACGAGGAGCUAAAGAGGCUUCGGUUCGUUCUGAGCAAAAAGGUGGGGCGGAUAAAGUACUUUUUUUCGUACACAUUCUACAAGAUAUUCAGCCAUUUUUAUAACAAGAAAAAUAAGAAGCGAGAAAGGUUUGUAAAUAUACACGGAAGGACGAGUCCAAAAUUUUUCUGCGACAAUAAAAUUAGGAGCACAAAAUACACAGUGAUCUCAUUUAUUCCUCUCUUUUUAUUUUACCAGUUCGCGGACUUUUUGAAUUUAUUCUAUUUGUGUGUUUCUUUGUUACAAGUCAUCCCGAUAUUCAAUACGGGGUAUGUGUUCACCUUUGUUGCUCCAUUAAUCUUCAUCAUCUUUGUAAGUUUAAUCAAUGAAGUGGUUGAUGAUUUGAAGCGAUUUAUAAAGGAUCUGGAGAAUAACAACGAAAUUUAUUACACCCUUUUGGAAAACGGAAAUUUCGAAAAAAUAUACUCCAAAGAUAUCAAAGUAGGAGAUAUCAUCUUGAUAAAAUCCAAGCAGAGAGCCCCAGCAGAUUGUAUUCUGUUACGUAAUUUAAAUAAAAAUGAAGAAUAUACUUUUAAAGUGGAGGAGAAGAAAUUCUUCGGCAACAUAAAAUUGAAUAAAAGUUCCAACGUGUAUAACAAGAUUAACAAAAACUACUACCAUUUUAAUAAAAAUAUUGAUAACGAACUGAUUGAUGAUCGAUAUAACGAAUCGAACAACAACCUGAGCGAAACGAGCAAUCACCUACUCUUUAGUGAAAAUGAAAAAUCGCUAAGCGGAGGGAAAGAAAAGAAAUAUCUUUUAAAAGACAAAAAAAACAAGGACGCAGCUGCUGCGAACGAAACGGCCAAUUAUACGUAUGUCAAAACGGACAAAAUUGAUGGAGAGACGGACUGGAAAAUUAAGUACCCAAUUAGCAUCUUCCAAAAUUUAAAAAAGUUGAAAGAUUUCUUCACCAUAGACAUUUUGUUCAUCCUGGAGCAGCCCAAAAAUGACAUUUAUAAAAUUGAGGGGUCCUUCGUCAUAUUCAAGUACAACCCGCAUGGCGACUUCCAGAAGGAGGAAAACAACAACACGCUGGGGCUGAGCGAUCACCAGCUGAUGAACUAUUCGUUUGACAUGAUCAGGGACGGAGAGAUCGACUUGGAGCGCGGCGGUCGCGGCGGAGUGGCCAGGAGGGAAGAACCCGGCGCACCACCAUACGGGGCGGAGGAGGAGGAAGAAGAUGACGAAGAUGACGAAGAUAACGACGAAGAUGACGACGAGGAAGACGACGAGGAAGACGACGAAGAUGAUGAGGAGGAUGACAAUGAGGAGAAGGAGGAGCAACAGCAGGGCCAUCGAGAGGAUGAUCGCCGAAACGAACUCGAACUGGACAAUCUAGCGAACGACAAAGGAAAGGAAGUCCAACAUAAGGGCUAUGUGAAUUUGGCGGAAAAGGACACAAACUACGUGUACAGCGAUAAGAAAAAGGAAAAAAAGAACAAAGAAAUGGUGAAAUUUGUCGACGUGGAAAAGGGAGCCAUCGGGGGAGCGGGAUCGGGUGCUGCUAUGCCGGAUCGAAACAGAGGAGUCAUUGAAAAGUACAGCUGCUCAAAGAGUAGUGGCAAAAGUAGUGGAAAAAAUAGUGGAAAUAAUAGCGGGAAUUAUGUCGGAGAAACGAGCAUGUGUAGUGUAUUUAAUAAUGAAGCUAAUUUCAACUUUUACAAUGUUACUUAUAGAAAAAAAUUAAAUUACGACAACUUCAUUUUGUUCAACUCGGUGAUUACCAGCUCUGAUGUGCUCUGUUUGGUAAUCUACACCGGAAGUGACACAAGAGUUAACAUGAGUACACAGAUUAGCAAAAUAAAAAGAGGAAUGAUAGACCAGAAAUUAAAUAUGAUAACGUUAUUUUUGUUUCUCAUUCUGACGUUGUUCUCCAUGUAUAUGUGUUCCGUGAAGAUGAAUAAUCUGUGGUACUUGAAUUUUAUUCGUUUCAUUUUGCUGUUCUCAUCCGUCAUCCCGAUAUCUUUAAGCGUCAAUUUGAAUAUUGCUAAAAUUUACUACACUUUGAUGAUUCAGAAGGAUAAGGAAAUCGAAACGACGAUCAUAAAGAACAGCUCAAUUAUAGAAAACUUUGGUGACGUCGAUUACAUUUUCACAGACAAGACGGGAACACUCACAGAAAAUGUAAUGGUGCUUAAAGUUAUACAUAUCGGCUUGGACGUCAUCCAUGCGGAAAAUGAAAAGAAUAAUAUGCUCCAGGGAAGUAUGGAAAGUAAAGGGAAAGGGAAUUUCAACAAGCAUAUGCUAUCGUACGAUCUGGAUGACUUAAACGAAGAUGUUGAUGCCUCUUCCAUGUAUUUAGGAUCCAACUAUUCCAAGAACGAUCGAAGGAAUAAGAAUAGUGGAAACAAAAAUGGAAACUACAUCUCCUUUAAUUACGAUAUCGAGAGUGGAAGAAACAAAAAUGAACUCUCAUCCUUGAGACAAGUUGGCAAAGCAGUGAACCCAAUGGAUCGUAUCAACAUGCUACAUGAUGAGGAAAACAUUGAUGAGGAAAAUUUCGACUAUGAUAAUUUUGAUUAUGGAAAUUUUAAUGAACAUUCCACCGCCUCCAAAUCAGGCUUCUCUCAAAAUAGCUACCGAAAUGGAAACAUGAAAUCGUUCAAACAGAACAACAUGACUCUGAAUAAUAGUACCGUCUCAGGGGGAGCCUUAGGUCAGAGGCGAAACGACAUUAAUAAAAAGAACUCGCUGCACUUGGAGAAGAAGAAAAAAGUAGAGCUGAUGGUAGACGAAUUUUUGAAGUACAAGUCGGACCCCUUAGAUUACUACAAUGACAAUGUGGAGGAUGUAGAGUAUUUGAAGAAGCACCGCGUGUUCCAGACCUUUUUAUCCUUCCUUAUAUGCAACAAUAUUAGGACUCUGGCCAAGGAGAGCAGCAACAGCGGGGGUGCCAGUGGCAGUGCAAAUGGCAGUGGCAGCAGUGGUGCCAACGGAGCUGCUAACGGAGGAGGCACCAAAGAAAAGGACAAGGGAAAGAAAAAGAAGGAGCAGAAAGAAACGGACCAUCAGAAAAACUUCUACUACAUAUUAAAAGUGAAUCGAAAAAAUAAAAAGGAAAAUAAAAUUAAGAAAGAGAAACAUAUGGAUACUACCAGCACAGCCUAUUCUUAUGACAAGAAAAAUGUGGAGUCUAACAGCUCCGAGGAAUCUGAGACCUUUUCCCACUCGGAUGUCAGUUAUCAAUGUUCCUCUCCAGAUGAGUUGGCCUUCCUAAAAUAUGCUACCAACUGUGGGUUCAUCUUGAGGAAGAAAACUGCCAGCAGGAUAGAAAUAAAAUAUAAAAACCUUCUCAUGGAGUACGAUAUUUUGCUUCACAUCCCAUUCUCUUCCGAGACCAAACGAAUGAGCAUUUUCGUCCGCAAUGUGAAAAACAGGAAUAUCUACUUUUUCAUUAAAGGGGCGGAUAACAUUUUAAUAAAGAAGUGUCAUGAGAAGUAUAAGACAUUCAUUUAUGAGGAGAGUGACCAUCUGUCAAACUUGGGUCUCCGUGUCCUCGUGCAUGGAUUUUUAAACAUAGAGGAGCAGUUCUUCCAUACCUUCUCCAAUUUAUACAACAAGAAUAAGGACGUCAAGGGGCAGCUGGAGAAUAUUUUGGACUACGUUGAGAAAAACAUCAAGGUUCUGGCCAUAACCGGCGUGGAGGACAAGCUGCAGGAGGGCGUCGGAAAGACCAUCGAGAUGUUGUACAACAGCGGAAUCAAGGUGUGGGUGCUGACCGGAGACAAAAUCGAAACAGCCAUCUGCAUCUGCAAAAACGCCAACAUUAAGAAGAAGAAGCAUAAUAUCUACAUUUUCAGGCACGAAAAUAUUAAGAGUACGUCAAACCUGAUAAGAGACUUUAACUCCAUCUUAAGUAACAUCGAUUCGUAUGUCCUCUUCUUUGACAACAUUAUAAUUCAGAACUGCAUCAAGUACAUUCCUAAUGCGUUCGUCGAUUUCGCGGCCAAUGCGAGGGCAGUGGUCUGCUGCCGGUGUAGCCCUAUCGAGAAGAAAGAAAUCGCCGUGCUGAUCAAGACCAUUAAGAGGAAGAAAAUCCUGUGCAUCGGGGAUGGAGGAAAUGACGUGGCCAUGAUCCAAUCAGCGGACAUCGGCAUUGGUGUUUUAGGAAAGGAAGGAAAACAAGUUGUAAACGAUAGUGACAUAAUUGUUUCGAAAUUUAAAAACAUAAAGAAGCUUAUACUCUACUAUGGAAACAACACCUUUUUGCAGACUUCCUCCCUCUGCUCCUUCCUCAUUCACAGGGGAUUCGUCCUCACCUAUCUGCAGUUUAUAUACAGCUACAUUUUUUUCAGCAUACCGGUGUCGAUCUUUCAGGGAUGGCUGCAAAUCGGCUACACCACGUACUACACCACGGCGCCAUUCCUGUCGCUGCUGUUAGACGUGAAGAUAAAAAAAAACUUAAUAUACCUCUACCCGGAGAUAUACAAAAAUAAGAAGCACAAGCGGAAACUGGAUUUGAAAUCCUUCUUCAUCAUCGUGUGGAUCUCCAUUUUUCAGGGAACCGUGGUCAUGCUCGGGGCGCUGAAGCUGUUUAACGACAACUACAACAACCUCAUCAACAUAUCCUUUUCGUCUCUCAUCGUUUUGGAGAUCAUGAAUAUUCACUUGGAGGUGGAGUCCUGGCACCCGCUGAUGAUAUCAGCCAACAUCUGCUCCUUCAUCGUGUACAUCUUUUCGAUGUUCAUUCUGAGGAACUACUUCGACAUCAUGCAAAUUAUGUCCGUUAUGUUUUGGUACAAAGUUAUUCUGAUCGUGCUCUUCGCCUGGCUACCCUUCUACAUAAUUAAAAAGGUAAAGAAUAUCCUAACGCCUUCUCAGUUUUUCAAGCUCGCGUGA